CAUAGGAUACAGUCCUAUUGGAAACAGUUGUGUCCAUUUAGGACCUGAGAAAUUAGCUGUUUAGUUACCUGUUUCCAUAAUGAAGCGACACACACGAAAGUGUGUUUUCGUGUCCCGGGAAAGGUUUGCCUCUCCAUCCCCAACAGACGUUGUCUUGUUGGCCGGAGGCAGUGGCUCACCCUGGGUAUCAGGGCGAGAGGACGGACCCUCCAUGCGUUCUAGAGCAUUAGCACAGCAUUAGCUUACUAAUAAUUAGCUUUAUACAUUUUACGAGCGAUUACAAGAGCGAAAGGGGAAAGAAAAACUUUGUUGCAACAUGUCGCGCAGUUAGUCUAUGCCAAUAUAGUGAACGGGAAACCAAUGAAGAAUAAACGCUUAGACAAGCUAACACCAAGCUACAGCUACUAGUCACGGGACGUAAAUACUUUCCGGAAGUAAAUAAUAUUACGUCCGGAAAACGCCGAGGAAGUUAACGUAUUAAUUUAUGCUUUGUCAAUUAUAUUAGAUACUGGAGGGUCAUAUUUCUAUUAAAGAAUUAGUGUCUUUUACUACAAGAAUAACAGCGUAUCUUUAUGCCGACAUGUUAUUUCUUAAAACGUCAACCUAACAUAAGUCACGUGACUGGGUUGCUAUGCAACGAGCGAGUCAAACACAGGCUGUAAACUAGAAAUAUGUCCUUCAGUUUCUCAGCGAACCAAUAUGACGAUGCCUUCAAGCCAAAGAGGCUGCAGAACUGGUGUAAGCCGAAGCAAAUCACCAACCAGUCACCCAGAGCACAAAAGGGCCACACCACCUUUGUUGCAGAUAACAGAGGACAUCUACUUCCUGGAGUCGUGAAGAAAGGCAGUGCUUGGCCUGACUUUAAAGGGACCUGGGAACUCCCUCCUUGUGUACCACCUCGGAGCAUCAACCCUACUAGACCCUCUGCAGCCCGGAGCUUGGACCCUCAAAACACAGGCACAUGUGAGCCACCAAGAGGCAGCAAAAACCCUGAUGGAAGACAUGAUGCUGGAAAACAGAGCACUGUGGAUGUACAGCGAGACUAUGCUGUCUCACCCCCCCUGCCCGGCGCCGAAUCCCGGCCAGCAUCCCAGAACCGCCCCAUUUCUGCAGACGACAAAACCGGAAGCCAGAACAAGGACACGCGAGCGGAUGAGGCAUCAUCUGUCACUUUGCCUGCAGGUGAAGGACAAACUCCUGGGGAGACUGUGAUGAGCAGGCCGCAAAGCCAGAGAGAGUCAGCUUUAACGUCCUUGACGGGAGAGGGAGCCAGUACAAGGCCAAAUACCGGCAAAACUAAUUCAACAAGCCCCUCAUUAUCAAGACAGGUAUAAAAGAAAGAAAAGUAUAUAGAUAACUUAUUCUCUGCAUGAUUGUACUGAAGCACCAAAUUAGAAACAAAUCAAAAUAUGGCUUUGUAAGGACACAAAAGUAUUGUUGCACCAAAACUAUUACCAGUAUAUUUUCUUGCAUAUCAAAUUUAGUACAUCCUAAUUCAGCACAACAAAAAUAAAUUGUGACAUGUAAGAACACAUUUCUUUCUUCUGUGGCAGAAGAAUUAGCAGUUUCUGUGGUGACAUCUACAGUUGCAAAAAGGAAACAUUGACUAGCUGCGAGGCCCUCUGUGUUGACCUACUUGUGUAUUUGAGUGCACCGUGUCUCACAAUAAAUCCAUCUUAAAGAAGUUUGAGAAAAACAGAACAAUCCCCUCAGCACAGAUUGGCUCCAACCCAUGACUUGUGACUCAACUCUAAAAAACCUCAUGAAGCCCACUGAGUCACUACAGCUUCACCAUUAUCCAGAUUUACAACUACAUUUUUUAUGGUAGCUGUAAUGAUUAUUAGACAAUUCCAACAGAUUCUGGUUGUUUUUUUUAAGAUUGCAAUAGAAAGCUGCUGUAUAAAAGAGCUUGCUCAAUACACUAUCUGUAGGGAGAUCGGGGGGAUUUUUUUUUGUGGUUGUGACGCCAAAAGAGGAACCUUUAGAGAACAUCCUCAGCUGCUGUCAGAAAUCCCUGGGUGAAGGGUGCUACCGCUGGCGAUACAACCAGGUCCUGAGAACCAUAGUGAAUGCUAUCUGCAGUGGAAUCAGCCUCUGAGGGUCCCAGUAGCAGUUGCUACAACAACACUGAGCCCAGAUAUCAUCCCCACUUCGGCAGCAUCCCAGGGUUUACAGGUCAAGACGCUGGGUAGGACCAUCAAAUUGGCCACCUACGCAGUAUAAGUGACAUCAAAGUGGUUGUGGAUCAACCCCGGCUGGGUCACCUUGGGAAUAAUGUCUGUUUGUUGAAAGAUCCAAAACCCCUACAUGAUCCUAUGUUACAUGAUGUAUCCAAGAAGCUAAAAGUCCCCAAAAGAUGGUGCAGCUGAAUACAAAAUUUGCCAAGUACGAGUUCCCGUCGUGGCAUAGAACCAGGAAAAUACAGUAAACCUUGGAUAUAUCGGACUCGGAUAUAUCGGAAAUUCGCUCACAACGGACAGAUAAAAAAGAACAGAUUUUUCUGUAAUGCAUUUCCAAUAAAAAUUCAUUGCAUAUAUCGGAUUUUUUAUAACGGAUUUCGCCUAUUUCGGACAAAAUCUCCAGUCCCGUUCCAAUGCAUUUCCAUUAAAUUUCCCUCGCAUAUAUCGGAUGGCCGCAUCGUGGCGCUCCGAAGCUAGCUGACAUUCUGAGACGUUUUAAAGCAGAGGACAUUUUUACUGCCGACGAAACUGGGUUAUUCUGGCAAAUGCUGCCAGAAAACACCCUGGGAUUUAUUGAAUGAGAUCUUAACCUCACUACUGGAAAUAACGUAGGCCUGACGGGCGUAACAGGGCCUAGCUUAAUUAACAAUUUGUUAUGCUCAGAGUCCAAUAAAGUUAAAUUCUCA